AUGCUGUACGUCGCGCAGGCUCUCGGGCCAUCAGCUCAGCUUGGUGCCCUGUCGGCCCGCUUCUUCGAUCCAGAGCGCGAGACGCUCGUCUUCCACAAACUCGACCGACUCGAGUUUGCAGUCCCCGACGCGGGCAACAUCGAGGUCAACGUCUACUCGGGCAUUGCUGCCAUCCAGAGCGUCCAUCUCGCCGGUCGCGCAACGGCGUCCAUCAUCGUCCUCACCACCUGCCAGCGCCUCUUCCUCCUCGACUCGGACCCGUCCGCCCCCGCCUCGGAGCCGAGCGUCGUCACGAGCGCGAGCAUCUCGAUCCACGAGCCCUUUGGCCGCCUCGCAGAGUACCAGGACAUUGUCGUCGACCAGCAUGGCCGCUGCGUCCUCGUGCACGCCUACAGCGGCCUCGUGCGCGUCGUCCCGCUCCCCGGCGCCGCCGCAGCUGCCGCCGCCGCCUCGUCGUCUUCGCGCAGGGCGUCGCACGGCGCCGCCGACGAGUCGAACGAGCUCGACCUCGACGCGAGCUACAACGUGCGCCUGUCGACCCUCAACGUCUCGUCGCUCGCGUUCGUCCCGACCUCGACCGCGUUCUCGUCGGCGCCCGUCCUCGCCGCCGUGUACGCGUCGCACACGGGGCACAAGGUCCUCGCAACGUUCACGGUCGACCUCGUCGACAAGGAGCUCGGCGAGGGCCCCUUGCGCGAGCAGGUCCUCGUCGACCCGGGCAGCGAGCUCGUGAUCCCGCUCGGCAACGGCGUCGCGGUCGUCGGCGAGGAGUCGAUGACGUGGUACGCCGUGCCCGUGACGGACGGCGGUGACGAGGGCAAGGGCGACAAGGGCAAGGGCAAGGCGGCGGCGGCGGUCGAGGAGAGCGGGGCUGGAGCAAGGUGUCGGCUGCCCGUCUCGCGCGUCACGGCAUGGACGGCGCUGUCCGACGACCGGCUCCUCCUCGGCGACUUGUACGGCAAGCUGCUGCUCGUCACGGCCACGCUGUCGGACGCAGGGCGUGUCACGAGCGUCUCAGUCGAAGACCUCGGCGACGCCACCUCGGCAACCUCGAUCGUGCCCAUGUCGGCCACGGAGGUCUACCUCUCGUCGCGGUUCGGCGACUCGCAGAUCAUUCGUCUGCCGUCGACCGACGCCGACGCGAUGCACGACGACGCGACGCCGGCCCCGGCGACCGAGCUUGCCCUCGUGCAGAGCUUCUCGUCGCUCGCGCCCGUCCUCGACUUUGUCGUCGUCGGCGAGUCGUCGACCUCGUCGUCGGGUUACCUCGUCACGUGCUCGGGCGCGUACAAGACGGGCUCGCUCCGCGUCGUCCGCAGCGGCGUCGGCGUCCAGGAACUCGCGAGCCUCGAGAUCGACGGCGUGCAGCGCCUGUGGUCGUUCACGACGUCGGCCGACGAUCGGCUCCUCGUCCUCGGCUUCUUCGACGAGACGCGCGUCUUCAAGCUCGUCUCGGCCGGCGGCGAUGACGGCGGCGACGGCGCCGAGCUCGACCUCGACGAGGUUGACCUGCCCUUCUUCGACUCGGCAAGUGCGACCCUGUUCGCCGGCGCGCUCGCUGCCGGCCUCGUCGUGCAGGUGACGGCGCAGGGUGUCGCGUGCGACGGGCAGACGUGGCGGCCCGAGGGCGGCAAGAAGAAGAUCACGGCGGCGGCGGCGCGCGAGGGCGGGGCGUACCUUGCUGUCGCAGUCGAGGGCGGCGAGCUGGUUGUCCUGCGGGCCGAGAACGGGCAGCUCGUCAACGUCAGCUCGACCACGUUCCAGCACGACAUUGCCGCUCUCGCGCUCUCGCCGUCGGGCCAGCACGUCGUCGUCGCGCUGUGGACGUCGCAGGAGGUCCACCUCGUCGACCUCGCCUCGUCGCCGCUCGCCCCGUGCGCGACACACCGCAUCGACUCGACCUUCCUCAUCCGCUCGCUGGCCCUCACGGACUUUUCGUCGGCAUCGUCGCCGACCACCAACGGCGGCGACACGACGCUCCUCGCCGGCCUCGGCGACGGCACGCUCGUCUCGCUCGCCGUCGACCUCGCGAGCGGGUCGUUCGUCGCGUCGAGCUCCAAGGCCGUCGCGCUCGGCAAGCGGCCGCUCCAGGUGACCGAGAUCGUGCACGGCGACGCGUGCGACGUGUUUGUCGCGAGCGACCGGCCGACGAUCGUCAGCCGGUCCAAAGACCGCCUCGUCUACUCGAGCGUCAACGUCGGCGACACGCACGCCGUCUGCGCGCUCCCGAACGGCGCCCUCGCCCUCGCGUCGUCCUCGAGCCUCACGCUCGCCCAGGUCGGCGCCAUCCAGCAGGUCGACGUGCGCACGGUCCCGCUCGACGAGGACGAGCCGCGCCGGAUCGCGCACGACGCCGAGGCCAAGUGCUUCGUCGUCACAUGCGCGAGGCGCGACGUUGAUCGCGAGACGGGCGAGACGAGCGUGAGCGGCGUCGUCAGGUUGCUCGGCGAGGACUUUGCGACUCGCGCAACGCUCGCCCUUGAGCCGGGCGAGGAAGCCCAGUCGCUCACGCUCGCGCACGCGGCCGAGUCGGGCGAGGCGCUCUUCCUCGUCGGCACGACGCGCGCGCCGCCAUCGCCGGACAGCGAGCCGACUGAGGGCCGGCUGCUCGUCCUGCGCACGACGGUCGACGGCGACGGGGCGGCGCUCGAGCAGGUGAGCGAGACGGCGAUCGGCGGGUGCCCGUACGCCGUCGUGCCGCUCGCCGGGACCGGCGCGGGCUCGGCGCAGGGCUACGUCGCGACGGCGGUCAACUCGCAGGUGGGCGUGUGGGCGCUCGGCGCCGACGGCUCGCUGUCGCUCUCGGCGACGUGGGGCGGCGCCUUCGUCGCGUACACGCUCGCAGCGGGCGACGAGCCGGGCACGCUCGUCGUCGGCGACGCGCUGCGGAGCGUGACGCUCCUGCGGUACACGGCGCCGACGGGCGCGCCGAUGCAAGGGCGCCUCGACGAGGUCGCGCGCGACUACCGCAGCCGGUACAUGCUCGGCGUUGCGCCGCUCGGUGCCGGCUCGGGCGAGGUGCUCGGCGCCGAGACGGACCUGAACUUGUUUACGCUCGGGCGCGACGAGGGCGCCGAGCGCCAAGGGCGGGUUGGGGACGCGGGUGUGCUCGAGGCGAGGGGCCAGUGGCACCUCGGCGAGAUGGUGUCGCGCUUCCGGCCAGGUUCGCUCGGGCAGCUCAUCGGCGACUCGUCGGGCGCGGCGACGGCGCAGCUCCUGUUUGCGACGUCGGCGGGCAGCAUCGGCGUCAUUGCGUCGCUGUCGCCCGAGGCGGGCCAGAUCUUGUCGGGCGUCGAGCGCAACUUGCGCGCCGUCAUCGGGUACCACGGGCAUGUUGGGCAAGAAGAGUUCCGCUCAUACAAGGUGGACAAGACGGUGUACCCGAGUGCCGGGUUCAUCGACGGCGCGUUCGUCGAGCAAUUCCUCGAUUUGAGCGUCGAGCGGCAGGAGGCGGUCGUCGCCGGGCAGAGCGAGCCCGAGCGGCUCUCGGUCACGCGCGACGAGGUGGCGAGCUUGAUCGAGGAGGUGGCGAGGGUGCACUGAGCACAAGAGGAGGAGUGCCCGCAGUUUGUAGCAUAGCUUUCUCGCUUUCCGUCGUUGGCCAUCGUCGUUCGUCUCUCUUG